AUGGCCAGCUCUUUGGGCUCCGGCGGCAGCAAUGCCGCCGCCGACCUGGCCACCAAGACCUCCAGCGAAACGAGCCUAAAACAGUUGUACCAAGGCCCGGCUCAGGUGCUGAGCGAGCACCUCCUUACGCCCGCGUCGAUUAACACUCUCGAGGUCCACGGUGCGACAAAUACCCGGCGCGGCCUGCUCGACCACAUCUUUAAACCCGUGGUCGACGACAGCUCUGCGCCGGAGACGACCUUGGGCCAGGUCCUGGAGCGCCUGGGCACGGCCACCAGGAAGCUUGGUCGUUUUGACAUCUUUAAGGAGGACGGCUUCAACGUGUUCCUCUCCGAAGCCCCGCGCCCCGAGGGAGCCCCAGCGUCCGAACGCACCGAUCUCGACAUCUCGAUCCAAGUCAAGGAAAAGUCGCGCCUGGUCUUCAGCGCCGGCACCGACUUCGGCAACUUAGAGGGCUCGGCGUACACCAAUGCCGUCGCCCGCAACAUCUUCGGCGGCGCCGAAACGUUGACCAUCAACGCCAGCACCGGCACGCGCACGCGCUCCGCCUACAACGCCGUCUUCUCAACCCCAAUCAACGGCAACCCCGAUCUGCGCCUCAACCUCGAAGCCCUGCGCUCCUCGACCCAAAAGCCCUGGGCCUCCCACGACGAGCACGUCACCGGCGGCACCCUGCGCUUCGCCUGGCUGACCCCCGACAAUGACACCCACGCGCUCUCCUACUCCGCCGCCUGGCGUCAAAUAACCUCGCUCGCCGCAACUGCCUCCCCUACCGUCCGCGCCGACGCAGGCGACUCCUUCAAGUCCUCCCUCACGCACACCUUCGUCCGCGACCGCCGCGACAACCCCCUCCUCCCGCAAAGCGGCUACCUUUUCCGUACCGUAUCUGAACUCGCCGGCUGGGGCCCCCUGCGCGGCGACGUCAGCUUCGCCAAGACAGAGCUCGAAGCUUCCGCCGCCGUGCCUUUCUCUCUCUUGAAGGGCGUCUCCUUGGGCGGCGCGUUCCGCUUUGGUCUUUUGUACCCCCUGCCCAUGGGUUACUCCCUCACCGGCAGGGCCCAGCCGAGCAGGAUCAAUGACCGCUUCCUGCUUGGUGGCCCAACCGACGUGCGCGGGUUCAAACUCGGCGGUAUUGGCCCGCACGAUGGGGCCGACUCGGUCGGCGGCGACGUUUUUGCUGCCGGCGCGGUCAACAUGCUCCUGCCGCUGCCUAGGGCGGGUGCCGAGUCGCCUUUGAGGCUUCAGUUGUUUGCCAAUGCGGGGCGGUUGGUCGGGUUGAAUACUAAGAAGAGCGGGAAGGAUGGGAAGGAGGGCAAGGGGUUAGGGAUGGAAUCGAGGACAGUGUACAGGAGCGUGAAUGCGGCACUGAGCGAGCUGACGAAUGGGUUGCCUAGCGUUGCGGCGGGGUUUGGGCUGGUGUAUGCUCAUCCCGUGGCGAGGUUCGAGUUGAAUUUUAGUCUACCGCUAGUUGUGAGACGGGGGGAGGAGGGACGGAAGGGGCUGCAGGUUGGUGUGGGCAUUAACUUUUUGUAA